AUGGCUGGUCUCGCAACGUCGCCGCGCUCGGCGCUUUUUCUGGCGACGCAUCGAACCGGCUACGCCAAUGUGUUGGCGUCGUACAAAGCCCACGUGCUCGGCCAGAGUCUGAGCUGGCCGCAGCUCGAGCAACUCACUGUUCUCGUCCACGACACCGCGUCGCAGCUGCCGGUCGAGGCCAAACUCGACCAGUGGAUUCAAGACCAAGAAGAGGCGAUGGAGGAUCGGCUGGAGCAAGACGACCGCUUUGUACCACCCCCGUCGUUUGAAGAGGUCCAGCUCAUGAAGCAGUGGCUCGCAAUCCCGCGGCUCAACUAUGACCAAGUCCGGUCGGUCGCGACGGCAUUGCGGCAGCCUGCAAUUGAAGCGUAUGCGACGGCAAGCGUCUUUCUACAGUUUCCACAGGAUGCCUACGGCAGACUCAAUGGUCUCGCUUGGGUGAACGUGGUCCGUGCGAGCUCGCUGGCGCUCCGUGCCCACGCCCUUCUCUCCGCCUACGACACGUCGCACAAAGGGGUGUUGUUAGAAAACAAUAUUGUCGAUCUCGUCACGGACUGGGCCGCCAGCGUGCCGUGGCGCACGCCUCUCGAGGAGACUUUUCGGUCGUACUUCGUGCUGAUCGUCGCGCGACGGCUCUGGCUCGCGUUGGCGCCGCACCUUACGGGAAAAAUCGUGAUUGAGCGGGCGCGGCAACAUCCCUACUGCCACGCACUGGUCGACUUGCAGAAUAGCGAGUACCACAGCUCGAACGAGUAUGGUGCCAACCCACUGACCCUCGAGGCCGCGACCAAGCUGCACCGUCAGUACCUUCAGUUGGACACGGACAAGAACGGGCUGCUCUCCAAAUCCGAAUUUCUCAACUAUGGCCGAAAAAAGGCGUUUGUGAGCAACGACGCGUCACGCCCGACCCACGAGCUCACGCGCCAGUUUGUCGACCGCGUCUUCGAGGUCGUCCGCACGUACGACGGCGAGCUGGACUAUAAAUCAUUUCUGGACCUCAACUUGCGCAUCCAAGACAAUGCGUCCAAAGGCGCACUGCAGAUGUACUGGCGCAUCCUCGAUGUGCACGAUCAUGGCUACGUUGACGGCUCUCUCGUCGAGUAUUUUCUCCAAGGCAUCGCGACCAAGGUGGUGGCUGCUACGGGUUCGGCCCUCGACUCACGCGUGCUUCGGGUAUUGUUUGACUUUGAUGGAUUUACAAAUGGUUUAGUCUGACAUGUAGAGCGAGCUCUUUGACAUGAUCCAACCCAAGAAUCCGAUGCACAUCACACUCGACGACAUUCAAUCGAGUCCAUACGGCCACACCUUUGUGCGAGUCUUGACCGACUACGAAGGGUACUUGAGUUACGAACGCCACGCCAAAUGAGCAAGACAUCGCAACUGAUGUUCAUGUCACCAAGGCGUUCAAAACUCUCUACUAGAGAGUUGAGG